AUGCAUCAUGUACCCGACCCUACGGAUGAAGACAUAUAUGUACUUAACAAUUAUAAUCCCCCGAUUGAUAUCCGAAUGCACAACACAUUGCUACCGAAGGAAGCUCAGUACUAUACGACGGAAAUGUUUUGGAACGAGGAUAAUUUAAAAGAAAGUGGCAAGCCAAUGUACCUCCAAUAUCAGUUUUAUUUGAACCGCUACUGGAAUUAUUUAAAAGGCCUCUGCACCCUCUUUAAUACCGGUACAUCCAAUUAGACAAUCAACUUGAUUGAUCAGGCAAGGGUUGCGUUACAGAACGAUGCCACUUUUCUGAUAUCGCUUUUGCGGAGGCUCUACUCAAAUGCGGAUAUAUAUCGGAAUAUGGUAAUAAAACAUUUGCUCAUUAUGGACUCUCAGCUUUCGAUUGGUUUAGUUACAUGCAUGCAAACACUGCAAUUAAUCUUUGGAAGCCGCACCUCAUUGUGUACGUCAAGGCAACGAAUAGUCAAAUCCGAGAGGCCAUCAAGAAGAGGGCUGUUGUAAGCUAUACCCCCUUUUAUUGUUGUCCUGCCCUAGUAACAAGAGUAUGCCGGGUGGGUAUCAAUUUCUCGAUGCACUUAUGUCGAAUGAAUGUCCAUUUUGUCUGAAGCAUGCAUACCGAGGAAUAUCGAAUUUUGGAGAUACUUCGGAAAGCGCGACAGCGGGGCGUACAAUAGUUCACACGAUACUUUCACUUAACUAAAUCCCCUGCCUGCCUCGAAUUCAUUCCAUAUUAUGUUCGUUAUCCUUUUGCGUCCCUCGAAAUCCACUUCUUUACCCUUAAUUUGAACGAGCAAUUUGCGAGUACACCAAAGGCGGACAGUUGCUCUGGAAAAACCUGGAAUAGUCAACGUUUAUUUAAAAGAAUCUAAAAAGGUGAUAGGCACAUGACCCGAACGUAUUUUAUUACUGUUUGUCGGAGAAAUUCACGUCGAAACACUGUGAUGACUCGGCCGGUUGCCCUGAGGAUGGGCCGGGUGUUUGAUUGGCAGAAAAGAUUGCUGUGAAUUGGCGUGCGAGAUCCGUUUACCGUUUGAUUAGUUUAUCGUCGGUUGUUUCUGAAGCCGUUUGCAAGGCUAUCAAGCGACCGUCUCGGACGCAUUGUGAUUGAGAACCCAAUGCCGGCAAGCGUUGCCCUGCCGCCUACACUUUGAGCCCUGAGAUCCUCCACACAUCGAACAGUGACGUACGUCAUUGCGUACGUACCCAUGACAAUUUCGUAAACUUUUGACUCGAAAAGGCCUACUUUGAAGUUUAUGUGUAGGCUGAUCUCGUUCACAAGAAGCAUGUAGAAUAUGCACCUGACGAAGUCAUCGACUGCUCCCCGCCAAGGCACGUGAGGAAGGACGCCGAAUACAAUUAGUAAUGGUAGCCUGCGCGUAACCUACCGGUUGAUUCCGUUCCCGGAAUUCCGUGGCCGAUCGUAAUGGCCGACCUACUAGAGUUAAGGCUACCGCAGCAGUGGUGUCAGGCCCUCAAAGAACCACGGAUUCUAACUCGCGUUGCCCUCCUAGCAAUUGGCGUAUGCCUUCUAAUGUGACAUCCACUUUUGAGCGGUUCGUGCUGUUUAUUGGCGCGUCAACUCCAACGUCCUCUCCAUAUCUGCCAACGGGUCAUUAGCCGGUGGCUCAGAAAGUCUACGGACAACUUCGAUUAUAAUCCUCAGUGGCAGGAUGAUGAUACGGAAACAUCAGACUUGCGGUAUAAAGCUUAUAAGAUUUCGAACUACCAUUUUUUAUAUUUUAACUUGCUUCUUUUUCGUCUAAGAGCUGGGAAAUAAACGCGAAGAACCUGACAGACAACUUCUUCACUGAGUACACAUUAGCUCUGGAAAAUUAUCUUGAACGAAUGUCGCGGUAUUCUCAUAUAUUCGUCGUUGAUCGCACCUCAACCAACAUAUUCGAUGAGAAUGACCUGCUGAUCGUAAGUCGCCUAGUCUUUUGACUGGCUUCCUAUCCUCCUGUUACAACAUACCACGCAUACAAAAUUGGUUAUUGCUUAUAUGCUGGCGAGUUAUCAUAACAACAAAAUUUUGAUUCGUCAAUGUUAGAUAAAAUACUUUUUUGGCACAUUUGACCAUUUGUUUUUAAAAUAUUUAACCAUUUUGGCUUUAUCGGAAACUCAUUCGACCUCGAAAAACUUGGAUUACUUUUGUAGCGUUAUUUCUGUCAGAUGAAAUUAUGUAACUUUCCUUUUUCUAGCUUGCGGAAAAGCUCACUAAUAUUGACUUAGAGGGCGAAAGACUUAUUCGUGACGAUUACAAGUAUCUGGAGUGGAGAAACGGUCUAUUUAACGAGCGGUCGGCCUCUUUAAAUCGUCAAAAGUGAGUUCUGUUUAACCACUGAUUGGCACCUGAAUUGAUUUAUUACUAAUCACUGGGAUUAGAUGAGAAGGCUGAUUGCUAUUUUCACGUUAUCGUUUUGGAGAUACGGCCGCGCAUCGGCAAAAUACUUCUAUUGUUAUUUUCACCCUUUACUGAUCUUCGUUUUUUGUAUAGAUUCUCUUCGGCCACGGUAAAGUUUUCUACUGUCUUCAAGAAGCACCGGUUUCCUUUGGAUAUGAAGGAAGGCAUGUACAGCUUUGAUGCCAAGGAACUCCAGUACUAUGUUUACAAACGGGUAAGUGCACAAUUCAUAACUAUGUGCAUCCCAAAUUCUACCCGCCCUACGUUGGACGCAUCCGGCGAUAAGUUACUAUUCUCUUUUAAGAGUUCCUGCCUGUCUAUUAUCAGGGACUGUCUUACAUUUGUACCCCUUGACUUAACGCGAAGUGCUUAGCCUACACCUGUUUUCUUUACUCUGCCUCCGCGUCUUGGAAAUAAUAUGUCAUCUUACUCUCUAUGUAUCGACUGUGUACUUUGUUUCUAACUCCUCAGAGCGCGAGAAUAGUCGUGAAUAAUAGAGUACUCUGAGACUUCAUGAAAAUCCCGUUUGUACCAUUUUUCAUUUGCAGCACCGGCAGCUAUCUGUGUGAUUAUUCUCGUCAAAGGUGACUCAUACCGGCCAGAGAGAGCCUUCUGGCGCAAAAUGUACCGCACUUUUUUACUCUCGAGAUCCGUCAUUUUUCAUCUAGUACUCCCUUUUUAUCCGAUACCCGAGGAAAAACAACAGGCGAUUUUACUCGGGAAAGAUUCCUUGAAUUAGUUCGGAGUAUUGAUGUACCUAGGCGUAAUCUGCACAGUAGCUUACCGGUUUUCGUCGUAGAAUCUUUACGAGUGUCUAUGUCACGAACUGUACCUCUCCACGCGUAACGAUCCGCGGCAGUAGAUCUGGACAGCUCAACCCAUUCCCUUCGCCAACGACGUAGACCGAGUACCGAAGGUCUAAGAACCACCUCCAUGUCUUGACUAACUGUGUCGAGCCAGGUUUUGAACUGACCUCCUCUUCGACGCCUCUACUAGGGUAGCGGUGUCGGAUCGAGAGCAGUAACACUGAGCUUUUGAGGUGGACGACAAAGAACAUGCCCGAACCACCUCAGUCGUCUUUCUUGGAUGGCCUGAGUUAUCCUUGCGAUGUUGUUGCAGCGAGCGCGGACUGUCUCAUUUGAGACGAAGUCGGUGAACUUCACUCUAAGGAUGGUCCUCAAGCAGUGGUGAUCAGAUACCUCCAUUCUUUGCUCGUCCCUCGCGCGCAAAGCCCAGCAUUUACAACCGUAGAGAAGGACAGACCGGACAGAUGCACUGUACACGCGAAUGUUAGUGGCGAUGAAGAGGUGGCGUCGGAUCCAUAGGCAUUCUCGAAGGCCUGAGAAAACCCAGCGGCAGCAUCAAUUCGGUAGACAAUGACGUCCUUACUCCGUCCAUUAGGCAGCAGCCUCGCCCCGAGGUAUUUAAAACCGCCUACUUCUUUAAGUUGACAACCAUUAAUUUAGAGAAGUGCCUUCUCGUGGUAAGGGAUGCAACUUAAAAACACUUUGGUCUUCCCAGCGUUUAUGGGUAAACCGACCGAUCUAGCGGCCUCGUUCACCCGUGACACCAUAGACUGCAGAUCACCAAAAUUUGAAGCAAGUAAGGCGAUAUCAUUGGCAUAGUCGAGAUCAGUCAGUCGGUGUCCGGGUGCAAAUUCAACACCGUCACCUUCGUGUAGGGCCCUCCCGAGAAUCCAGUCAAUAGCGUAGUUGAACAGUAUGGGCGACAGGAUACAACCUUGUCGAACGCCAGACCGAAUACCGAACGGUUGGGAAAGAUUUUUGCGGACCAGGACUCUCGCAGUAGUGGAGCGAUAUGUAAAUGCGUUUUGCUUGGACUCUUGUGUGGUCCGUCGACGUGGUGUAAUAAAAUCUCACAUUACACUGCUAGUUUGCAGCAGAUGACGUAAAUCGUGAGAUGUGAGUACAUUUACAAAGAAUCUUCAAUCACUUGGAAACCGGUCCAUUUGCAAGGACCAGCGCUCCAAAUCGCGACCUUCGAUUGAAAUGAAAGUGCUAUUAUUUCGGUUGAAAGUAACAAUUUUCUUAAGAAAAGCGGAACCGUCAGAGUCGCGAAAUUUUCUGUCAAAUGCCUAAACCCAUUUUGUAGAAGCCUGGAUAGCAAGAAAGCAAACGCAGCAACGUUUGAAAAGAAAAACUUUUGCCAAUAAUCUGGCUAAAUUGUUUCAAGAAACUAGCGUUAAGGGUAGUGUGGUAGGUACUCAACUGCCGGAUGUUUGAUUGUCUUUUCCAAAAUGGUGUUACGCAAAUUCGAUGUGAAUACAGUAUCUGGCCUAUUUCGGAAAAUUUUAAUCGAAACUCUUAAAUGUAUUUUUGAUUGGGAAGUAUUACUUAGGUGGAGUUAUAACAUUGAUUAUUGUGCAACAUAAUUCCAGGAUGCCGGCUUGACAACGCCGCACUAGACAAUGAAUCUUUUUGUCCGCUUAGAUCAGCUGGAAUAGGGUGUUAAAGUAAAGCAAACGUCUGUCACCGUUUUCAUUUCCGAUUUUCGCUGUGAGCGUUCAUUCUUCAUGUUUGGAUGAGUACAAAUAAGACUAAAACAACCACCUGCAUUAGACAGAAUGUCCCAACACUCGCUACCUCGGUAAAUGCUUUCAAGGUGUAUCUUAUUUUGAAGGCUUUGAUAAACAUAUCACAGAGUCUACAUUUAUGGUAAAUCGAUUGAAAACACUAGAUGCCGUGCAAUAUUCAGCAAUAUUUCAAGGACGAUCUGAAGCUCGAUGUACUCCAGAACAAGAAAAACCUAAAAACUUGACCGAAGUCAACUUCUCUUAAUACACGUUAAAUUCUACGUUUAAGAUUCCACUUGUCAAUUCUACUCAAAUUUACUAGCCACUAACCGACCUGUCACCAUGUGACCUUAUGAAAGCUUCUAUUUGUGUGUCGUGCCUAUCGGCGAACUCAAGUUAAAACCUGCUAGUCUUAGCCAACUGCAUUUCAAGCAGUGCACAAACAUAAAAAAUACAGCCAAUUCUCGUGAGACCGUUUUGAAAUCUAUGCUUGAGCUGUAGGCUAUUGGCUAACCGCCAUACCUGACAUUACACUAAUUAUUAAGAGAUAUUUAAGCAUAAGCUUCCUUAAAGGACUAUUUUCAAGCAUUAUUCUACUUGUGCCGUUUUAUUUACUUAAUUUAUUGCGCGGACAGGCUUUCUGUGCACCUAGAACUUAAGGUUAUUCAGUUGCAGCGAUUUUUGAUGUUUUCCGAAUUUACGCUUUUCUAACGACAAUUAUUAUUUCUAAACGGCGUAAUACUGUUUUUAACACUUUCUUUAUUCUUCCAGUUCGUUUAAAGUUGUUCACUAUAAAUUUGGAAUUUUGGUUCAUUCGUUUGUGCCGGUUUGCGAGUAAUUAUCGAUGUUUCGUAAAUUUCUACAAAUUACCAAAUUUACCGCAUAUUGUCCGACCGCAUCACAGUCCCUCCUACUCAGUAUUUCCUAAUUAAAAGCACAUGCCAGAAUUCGGGAUAAAGUUUAGUGAGGUAGAUUAGAUACUGUAAGAAAUUGCCUGAAAGUAAACGUUGGUUGGCGCCGAAAAUUGUAAUCGUUUUCAUGGAUAAAAUGACUUGGCUACAUUCUGCUCGAACAAAGGGUUUUUUCCGAAACGCUUAAUAAGUAAACUGCUCAACGUUAUAUGUGCUCUGUACGAGCCAUGUAUAUUUCGGUCAUGCUUCACAAUUUGCGUAACUUUUGUGUGUAUAACUUGGCAUUAUAUGAACAAACUUGAAUAAACAGCGUGAUGGGAAAUAAGCAGCCAAACUAAAAACUUCAAUGCAAUUUACGCAAAUCAUGUAGAAUUGCGCUACUCAUUAAGCUGUGGACUGGCUUACUUGCGCAUGUUCCAUUUAGAAUUUCAAAUCAUUUAGCACGAACGUCCCCUUUAAAUGCAAUUGGGAUUAUCUAGUUUUAUUUUUUAGUUUGUUUCCGUGGAAGUGUGUUGUAUCUUUGCAAGUUUUGUGGUUUGGUGCUUAUUUUCGCAUUUUCUUCAUUUUCGUUUCCUUUAAAAAGGCUUACGUCUGCCCACCACAAUACCGCUUUCGAUGCCUUUUAAUUACAAGUAAAUUAGUUAAUAUUUAGGAGGGAGUGGGUCUUAUUUCUGCCGGGUUUUAUGUAGCCUGUGGAAGAACUGUUCUCUUCCGCAAACCUCGUGUAAUGCAUACUUGCAAGGGAAAUCGCUGUUGCCUCGUCACAUCGACCAGUGUUUCUUGUCCUGGGGUUGCAGACAAGGACCUAUCGUUCUCCAACUAAAAGCUUCGUCAGAAAUAACUUGUGUUUUCAGGAACUGAGCACUAAAACUGUACACAGCCACUCGUAUGCGUACCGCGGAUGACGAAUCUUAUCAAGCAUCAACCGCAAUUUUAACAACUGAUCUCCGUGGUAAGGGGUUACUUACAUAAAGUUGUAAUGCCGAUAAUCAUGCAGCCUGUCCCCGAUAUACUGCAGUCACGUCAAGAUGCCGGCUUUUGAGUUCACGUCUCUCCAGCCAUCCCCUAGAACCACACUCGCAAAAAUGACGACUUAGAUAUUAGGAGUUUCGUCCUUUAUUAAGCCCUUGAUUAAGCCUUCGACAUGGUCUAUAUCCGUUGCAAAAUUUUAUCAGUGCUAGAUGGCUUUUUCUUCAUAGUAAUGAGGAAUGUAUGGCUGUCCUUAAGUAAAAAAUUUGCAGCUUGCAGUUUGAAAAUUCUAAAGAUAGUUAAACUUUAAAACUAUUCGGGAAUUGUAAGACCUUUAAACAACAAGAUACACUUCCUCGGAGUACGAAGUUUGAAAACCUCGCUUAUUACAAAAUUAGUGUAAUAAGUAUUUUUGUACAUGAUUUUCGGAAGAUAUGUUUCAGUUUAUAAGCGCAUCGAAAAUGCCAAAAGUGUCUGCUAUACAAGUAGUCCCUCCUUAACGGAUGUGAUUUCUGCAGGCGGCUAGAAAAACGCAUUUAAAAGUCAGUAUUCUGGCAUGACUGUAAUAUCCUCAGAUAAUCAAUAUUGCAACCCUAUCUAAGUAAUCCAUUCCAACCAAAAUCAGUUUUCGGGAUUCCAUUUGAUGUUUCAAGAAAUGCGUCAGCUACUGUCGUCCUCAAAAGCAUUGGAACGUCUUUCCAAUAAAAAAUACUAGUUACAUUAAUGUUACCGCUUUGUUUCGCUCGAGGGAACAAGGGUUCUGUAUACCUGUGGUCGUUUUAUAAAUUUCACUUUCAAACUAAUAACCUGUACAGUUGAUUACUGCUCGGGGGAUACAGUAAAACGUCCUGUCUCAAUUGAUUCAACAGUGAAAUAACGAAUUGAUCUGCUUUGCGCAAUUUAUUACUUGGACGACUACACUUGUCCCCACUAUCAGCCCCUGAAAACUUUUUGGCAAAUUUAGCAUUCUUGUCGGGUGAAGACUUCCUUCUGUCCUGAAACGUCUUGGCCUAGGUCGGCGGAAUUAUCAAAAGUGUAGUCUUUGCUUUCAAAGAGUUUGAAGUAGUCAUCCGUGCCAAAAUAUUCUGGGUGGAGACUGGAACUUUUUAGCUGUGUGUGCAAGUGCGCCCCUGCCGUUUGCAUUGCCAUCGAAAAGCAACUGUCACACCAUCUGAUUGUGAAAAUAGUUUUCCUUGCUACUUAAAUUUAUUAAAUAGCUUGGGCAAGUUGUUUAUUAAUUUGUAUGUGGGUUAUCGGCGUGGAUUAGCGUUUGGAGUUUGGGUAAGUUACCGGUUUAUUGGAAGUACGGGUUGUCGGAAAGAGUUAACAUUGGGCUGCAGUACCGUCAGCCUUAACCACUGACCUACGUAAUCUACUUACCACCACUAAACAGCAAACAUUGUGCUCCAUGUGGUUUUACUGGUACGUACUUUGGUUGCGCGCCCACCGUCAGCGGAAGUGACGGUUGCUCGUUGCGGACGUAGCCACUGCGACAUUCUCACUGGCUCCCUACAUAAAGGCCGCUCUGUUCUGUUAGCGCUUUAUCCACUGAAAGAAUCAUCGGUGAUUGCUUAACACUUUUACUGUCCAGGAGUUCUGGGACUGCAUUUUGGUCGCCUUUGUUAUUCCCACCUGCCUAGCCCCCAUUUUACCGAUGGCCUAACGGUCAAUCUGGGCUGUUAUUGCGACAAGUGGAUCUGAUCAAAGCAAGUGUUGUCAUAUUUCAUGUGACCUUUUGUACGACGAGGCGCGUUAAGGACAGUGGUUUCGGCCAAGCAAGGUCUGCGUCGUCGUUAGACUGCGCAUCCCUGGUUGAAAUUAACUAAUUUAUGUAAGCAUAUUGCCGAAUUUCGAUGUAAGUGUGAUGUCUGUGCGUCCCCGGAUGCUUGACCUCCUGCCUACCUUAACAGCUGAGUUUUUGUUUAUCGGGAUUCUAACUGUGGGAUUAUUUCGUUUAUUUUUCUUGCUAACUCCAUCAGCUGCCCCCCAUUGCAUGGGAAGACAUUUCUGCAAGGUGUUAUCUGAAAGAGUCGGCUAAAUAUACGUCGAAAUUUAUAUACUAGCUUAUUCUAGGGGCCAGCAGCAUUUCCUCCCAUCAGCAACAGGGUUCUGAGAUUUUGGUUUUUUUCUCUGACCGACUGUUAGCAACAAGCCAGUUAGAGGCUGUCCUUUUACUUCCCCCGCCACUCAGUACAUUCUAUCAGUACUCGCUAAGUCGAUAACUUUAACUGCCAGUGAUACUUCUCCUAAUUUUGCGCCAAUUUCUCUGUUAUCCUGUUUUUAAAGGAUCCUCGAUUGAAGUACGCACCCGGAUAUGAUCCUUCGCACGACAGCCUCACACGGAUUAUGUUUGAUCCGUGGGUGCAGAAGCGAAAUUUGGCUUACGAUUGGCCCAAGUACUUCCUCACCGCCUACUAG